GACCUUUGAUUUCAUUAGCUUACAAAAACCAAUGUGUUUAUUUAUUAUAAAUAGUUUUUUAGUACUGUUGUUAUUUUUGCUUUCGCCUCACGGCCAAUGUGGCGCUAGUGCUGUAUGAUGUAAACACGGAAUUGUGAAAAUUUCAUAGUUAAGAGAAUUCACGAAAAUUUGUAAUCGAAUUCACAACCGCAUCGUACAUUUUUUAUUCAAUGUGGACCAACAAAUAGCCUUUCAACUCUUUCUUACAAUCAUGGUUUAAUAUUGUGAACCAAAAUUAAGAAAUAUUCAUUUGGAAUAUUUAAAAAAACUUGCUGCACUGUAUCAAUGCUUAAUAUGCAAAUUUAUCAUGAAAUAAAGUGAAACAAAAAUAGUAGGUUAAGUUAAAAAAAUCUAACAAAGUUUGUUUUUGCAAGAUUAAACAACGUUUUUAUGAAGCUUUCAAUUAUUUUAGUUGAAAAAACUGCAUUGUAGCAUUUAAAAUAAUUGAAAAUGAACAAUAAAGAUUAUACUAAUUUAUUUGGUACACUAGAAACAAAACGUGUGCUAAAAGCAGAUUACCCAACAGAAAGUUCAUCAUUAGGUGUACCUAUUCCAAUACGAAAAAACGGUGAACUUAAUACAUUGCAAGAUUAUGGAUUUGAAUUAUUUGAUACAUCUAAUGCUCUUAUUCAAGAUCCAAUGGUUGUAAAUAGUGGCGAUCAAAAUUUUUUUACCACAAAUGAUACUGGAUGGAUUGGAAAAACCGAUGAUAUGUCAUUUAUUAAAAUGGAUGAAGAUAUUUUUGAGGUUGAUCAAUCUGACUUGCUACAAGGUCCAACAUUAGCUGAAUUAAAUGCUAAUGGUGGUGAGUCUUUAUUAGAAGAUCUUAACUUUGAUGAUCUACUGUUACCACCUGAUUCAGUUAAAUCAGAAAUAUCUGAUACAGUGCCAUUAAUGGGAUCUUAUAUUAUUGACCAUGUAGUAAAUACUAGCCCCAUCAAUAGACCCAGUUCAUCAAAAUCUGGUUUUCAGCUCUCACCUAAUAGUUGUAGCUCACAUUCAUCGCUUUCUCCUGGGCCAACUACACCAAUAACUUUACAAGAAUUAUUAAAAAAGGAAACAAAACCAAAAACAUGUUUGUCUCCUACAACAUUUGGCACUAGUGUUCCUGGAUCAGGAUUUCUUUUACCUAGUCGUUCAAGAACGAGUCUAUCGUCUUCUGCUCCUACACAUCUUGGACUAGAUCAGAUUUGGCAGCGUAGAGAGCCUAGACAACAUUUGUUAUCUACUGGAUCAUUAGUUGAAGCAGAAUCAACUUCAUCUUUGUCUACAGGUGGUGUGUUGAGUCCAGAAGCUUAUGAUUUUUCUUUAGAUGAAGCUAUAGAUGACACUGAUGAUGAUACAGAACAAGAAGAAGACUAUUCAACUGAUGCAGAUUCUGGCGGUGAAAGUGAUAAUGGAGGAACCUCAGCUAAGUCUUCUUCUCAUAAAGAUAGAUUUUUUUGGCAGUAUAAUGUUCAGUCAAAAGGUCCUAAAGGUCAACGUUUAGUUUUAAAAUGCAAAUUAGAAGAUCCACAUUGUUUAAAUGAAGUUACAGAUCCAGUGUUCAGCCCAAGUUGUUCAAUUCAAGGGAUAAAGCAUAGUGGGAAAGCAAGAAAAGGUGAUGGCAAUGAUUUAACACCAAAUCCUAAGAAACUACAGUCAAUUGGUAGGGAGUUGGACAAAUUAAAUAAAAGUAUAAAUGAAAUGACACCUGUUAGUGAGUUGCCAUUUAAUAUCAGACCAAAUACUCGCAAAGAAAAGAACAAAUUGGCUUCUAGAGCUUGUCGUCUAAAAAAAAAAGCACAACAUGAAGCAAACAAAAUUAAACUCUUUGGACUAGAAACAGAACACAGACGUUUAAUAAAUGCUAUAUCUCAAGUCAAACAACUACUAGUAACAAGGAUGACUAAUGAUUCUUUUACCAAUGAAAAUCAAGAAUUAGCUAAAACUAGUGAUAAAAUUACCAAAAAUGCUACCAAACUUAAAGUUGCUGGACAAACAACUGAAUUUGUAAACAAAAUUCUUGAAAAAACCAAAUCGGGUGCACGCAGAGGGGGCCUUGAUGAACUUUAAAUGCCAAAAGUCAAGUACCCUUAUCCUAGUCUUUAUAAAGGAUUAUGUUUAGUGGAUCUCUGAUAAUUGCAUUAAACAUAUAAAAAAUAUUUUUUCUAAAGUAUAUUCUAUUUUAUAACUAUCUAAAUGUAUUUAUACCAAGAACUUACAUUUUACUCUCAGUUAAUGGUCUGUUUAUUUUUUAAAUCAUAUAAUGUAAAAUUUAAUUUUUACGAACAAUAUUAUUGUUAAAUUAUUAAUUAUUUGUUUUUAGUUUUACAAUUUUUGAUUAAUUAAACUUAUUACUUUAAGAACUUAUUUUAAUAUAUUAAGGGUAAAGUUACUAGUUUCUGUAAAAUAUAUAUAUAUAGUUACCUACAUAAAAAUAUGUGAUAAAACACAGUUGCUCAUUUUAAUUAUCCUCAAUUGACACAAAAAUGUUAAAAUUUGGAAUUAAUGUAAUUUUUAUUAAAAUAUUAACAGUUCUUAUUUUAUCAUUUAAAUUGAAUAUAUGACAUAUUUUAACUUAUAAACUAUAACUUUAAUUUUUAAGUUAUAAUUAAAAUUGUUUGAAGCCUAUGAAUUUAAGCUUCAAAAAUAUAUUUUUUAAAACAAAACAGUAAGAUUUAUAUGAAUAGCAAGCCAUAAAUGUAUUAUUGAUUUAGGAUAACUAUUUAGGAAUAGUGUAUAGCUUUAAAAUUUGAACUAUUUGAUUAUUAUAGCUUUCUCAAUGAAUGCAAUUUUUGUUUAAAUAAAUAAGCUCAUUAAAAAAUAAAAGAUUGAAAAUCUUUAAUACAUUUUUUUAAUAAAAACGAAAUUGUUUUUACUGUCAUGUUUGUGUUCAGUAUGUGAUAAUUUAAGUACCAUUUGAGAAGUUCGUUUAAUUACUUAUUUUUUUAAAUAUUGUUAUAAAUAUUAUUCUUAUACAUAAAGUUUUACAAAGAAUAUGAUUAAUUAUCCCAGUUUAAAUUAUUGUAAUAGCUAUUUACUAAAAAUAUUAUUAAUGUUAUGUAGGUAUUAGGUUUAAGAUAUCUCUCUGUAUAAAUAUAUUGUGAUUUUAAUUUUGCAACAAUUUUUAAUUUAUAUAUUCUGUUAAGUUUAUUUUUAUGGAGUGUAUGUAAUGUGAGAUAUACUUGUUUUUAUUUUUUUGUUAAAUUAUUAAUUUGUGAGUAAAAAUCAUUAUUAAUA